UACACCCGCAUCAGAGAACGAGCGGCAGCGACUGAGGGCGGUGGUGCGCUGCACAUUCCCAGAAAGAUACACGGGGAUGGUCUUUCCUCUCUUUCCGCCCUGUAAGGCCAAUCCUCCUCAUAUAUUUCAUAUCCUGCACUAAGACGAAAAUCAGUGAAGCCUGCAAUACCUCAGAAAACCUGAAAUUUACCUUACAUGAGUCUUGACUGCCGGAGGCUGUGAUUGUUGCAGUACCGUCAGCCAGUUUUCUCCACCACCCGCUGAUACCCUCCUGCCCUCCGCCACCUCGAAUAAUUAGUAUCUGUGAUCAUCUCUUUAAACUUCAAGCAGACUAUGGGCGACGGUCAAGGUAAAGGCCGAUAGUAGCCACAGGAUGGAAGGGACGUUCUAUAUAAGACCACGUAAGCAGGAGUAGGAGACACUCGCUCACCACCACACCCUCCAUCAUGAAACUUGUGAUCCUCGCCGUCCUGGCCGCCGCGGCCGUCGCCGCUCCUCAGUACAGCUACAGCGCCCCGCCCGAAGACUCAAGCGAGGAAGUGAUCCCCAUCGUGAGGGACGACCGCGUCCAUGAGGAUGACGGGGCUUACAAUCUGGACGUGGAGACUGGCAAUGGCAUCGUCCUUUCCCAAUCCGGCUCUCCUGACGGUCCCGAGGACUCUGUUGUUAAGACUGGACACUACUCCUACACCGCCCCUGACGGCACUUUCGUCGAGGUCAAGUUCGUCGCCGACGAGAAUGGUUUCCAGCCCCAGUCUGACUUGCUGCCCGUGGCCCCCGCCUUCCCCCACCCCAUCCCCGACUUCGUGCUGGAGCAGAUCGCCUUCGCCGAGGCGGAAGACGCCGCCCGCGCCCGCGCUGAGCUCGAAGCCGAGGACUCCGAGGAGGAGCCCGCUGCCCCCUCCACCUCGUAUGGAAGUCCUCAGUAGAAUGUAAGCUGGUGAGACGAUUUAUUUAUUGUGCGUGAAUGACAAUAAAGAAACUGUAAAGCAUCUUA